AUGUUGCCAUAGUUAAAACUUAUUUCUUUGGUUGUUAGAGUAUUUGCAAGACCAAUAAUUACAAGCAAAAAAGAAAUAUCUAUCCAAAAGGUCUAAAUGAGUAAAUAAAGAUUUAUUACACAAUAAAUACUUAAUUUAGGAAAUGCUUAUUAUUUCUGGGAUGUAUAGAGAUUAUGAAAGAUAGUAAAAAAUUGAUAGAAUCUAUUUGAACUAAAAUUUGAAAGUUGAAUAUGAUUAAUUAAAUGAAGAUGAGGCCUUAAAAUUAGUUAUAUUAAUUAUUAUUGUUUGAUAGGGAACAGAAUUUUUCUUAGAAAUAUUAAUAUAUACCAUUUUGAUACUAGUCUCUUCAUUCGAAAUAUGGAAAAAUUAUUUUGAGUAAUAAGAUAGAUAAAAAAAUAUGAAUAAUACAAUAAGAGUAAUUUUAAUGUUAAAAUAGAAUUUAUAAUAUUAAAUUAAAAUUAUUAAAGAACAGAAAUUGAAAGACCUGAAUGACAUUUAGUAGGUUUAUGAAAUCUAUGAAACAAAUCUUAAAUCAUUUUAAAAUAAAAAAGAUAAAGCAAUGAAAUAAGUCUCUAUAGUCAAAUAAGUAAGAAUUAUUUUAAUAAAAUAUAGCUUCAUAUUUAAGAUACCAAAAAGAACAACUAAGAUUGUUGA